AUGGGCCAAACCGCCGGCGUGAAGAGCGAUAUGCUUCCGCCGUACAGCCUCACAUCCACAGAUGAAGCUCAGUUAUUACCCCCUGCACGGAAACCAGCGCUUCAACUACCCCGCAGAUCGCGAACAUUCCGCGCUCUAGGGUUAGCCUGCCUCGUGUUCAUCGUCUACGCGCAAUGGAGGCAGAUCACCCCUUCAACCGGCGCAGUCGAGCCAGGCUUCACUACCCAAGGGCUAUCCGUUCAGAGGCUGCUGGAAGACCUCGCAACUUGCGAGAAGCUGCAUAGCACACCGAUCGACCCACCCGGCCACGGUAGAAGGCGGAACGCCCGGUACGUGGAUGGUCACAGGCCGACCAUCAUCAGAAACGCGACCGUUUGGGUUGGGGAGCCGGCUGAAGGCACCUCAAACUACUCGUGGGUCUCGGCCGAUGUCUUCAUCGAGUCUGGCCUCAUCAGACGCGUUGCCAGUGACAUAUCUCCGUCAACCCUCCCCAGCGAUGUUCUGGUCUAUGACGCCGCCGGACGACCGCUCACCAGCGGCAUCAUCGACAUGCACAGCCAUGCCGCGGUGCACUCGCUACCGACGCUGCACGGUAACGAAGACGUCAGCGAGCUAUCCACAGACAUCACGCCGUACGUCCGGUCGAUCGACGGCAUCCAGCCCACGGAUCGCCAGCUCCAAGUGAUCAAGUCCGGCGGCGUUACUACCUCGUUGAUCCUGCCCGGGUCGAGCAACAACAUCGGGGGCGAAGCCGUUGCCAUCAAGCACGCCGUCGGCCCCUCUGACGGACGGAACGAGACGAGCGUCGUCGACAUGCUGGCCGAUCCGGACCGUGUCUGGCGGCACUUGAAGAUGGCCUGCGGCGAGAACUCCAAGCAGGUCCACGGCAAGGCCGGAGAACGUGGCCCGUACAGCCGUCUCGGGGAGAGCUGGGAGUUCCGUCAGGCUUUCGAACAUGCCGCCGGGAUCGUCCGCGAGCAGGACGACUGGUGUCGUGCGGCAGCCGGCGGGCUGGAUCGAGUCAAGGCCUACUUACCCAACGAGCUGAGAUGGGAGGCGCUGGUGGCUGUGCUCCGGGGCCAAGUCCACGUACACGUUCACUGCUAUACCAUCACGGACCUUGAGGCGUUCGUGGACCAUACCAAUGAGUUUAAGUUCCCCGUUCGAGCUUUUCACCACGCCCACCAGACGCAUUUGGUGCCCGAUAUCCUCAAGCGAGCAUGGGGCGAUGAUCCGCCCGCCUCGGCCCUCUUCGCCGACAACAUGUGGUACAAGGCCGAAGCCGCGCUCGGCUCGGAGUACGCCGGCAAGCACCUCUACGACGCCGGUCUGACCCCGAUCUACGUCAGCGACAACCCGGUCCUGAACGCCCAGCACGUGGUUUUCGAGGCCGCCAAGGCCUACAAGUACGGGCUGCCGUACCACGCGGCGCUUGCGUCGGUGACGACGGCCCCGGCAGAGAGGCUGGGGCUUGCUCACCGUCUGGGCAAGGUCAAGCCGGUGUUCGAUGCGGACCUGGUGGUCUGGGACAGCGACCCGUUGAGUGUAGGUGCCACACCGGUCCAGGUUUGGAUCGACGGCACUGCUCAGUAUGAGAACCCGGUCGAGCUCAACAAGACGUAUGAGGGCCCCAUUGUGCCCGAUGAAAGUCUUGCGAACGUUCGUGAAGAAGCCGUUAUCUGGAGUGACGAUAUUAUGUUCACGGGCGUCUCGAAAGUUCUUUAUCCCAUAGAAACAGACGGAUUCGCCAGUGAUGGCAAAACCUACAACGUGGCCAUCUCCAACGGCUCGAUCGUCUGCGUUGGAAGCUGUAAUACCCAGCUGGAGAAGGCACACACCACCGGAGGCGCAGUGAUCCAUCUCAAGGACGGCUACCUGACACCGCCCUUCACCGCGUUCGGCUCGACCAUCGGGCUCAACGCCAUCGACACGGAGCGAGAUACCGACAACGGCGCAGACGGGGGCAGGUUCAGCCGCGGAAUCGACGGGCUAGCCCUUGACACCGAGAAGUUCCGAGUCGCUCACCGCUACGGCGUGACUCGUGCCGUAUCGGCCCCCAAGUUCUCGGCCCUCGGGACCCAUCACGGCACGAGCGCGGCGUUUCUCACCGGAGCUCAGACGACGCUUGAUCCGGGUUCCGUGCUGGCUCGAGAUGCCGCCGUGCACUACACGCUCGACCUCUCUGCUAAGCGUGGCGUCGACGGCAUCUCGUCCAUGUCUGCUGCUGUGGGAAACCUCCGCUACAAGCUCCUCAAGGCAGUCUCGUCUUCAGCCGCCAAUGAGAAGUUUACCGUGGAGGACAGUUACUCCGAAGCUGCGUUUCUCCAAAAGGUCGUCAGGGGUGAGAUGGCUCUGGUAGUGACCGUACACAGCGCAGACACGAUCGCCGCCUUGCUGGAUAUCAAGUCAACAGUAGAAGAGGCAAUCAAAACGACCACCGAUGUCAGUGUCAACCUUCGGUUGGUGAUCAACGGUGGUGCAGAGGCUCACUUGGUUGCGGAUGCGUUGGCCGCUGCCGGCGUGGGUGUCGUGUUGGCGCCCAUGCAGUCGUUUGCCGUCUCCUGGGACCAGCGAAGGGCUCUUACCGGCGCACCUUUGACCAACGGCACGAGCAUCGACGUGCUUACAGGUGCAGGAGUUGUCACGGCUAUCGGUCUGGAAGAAGACUGGAUCGUCCGAGACCUGGGUUUGCUCGCAGGAGUUGCGUAUAAGAACAGCGAAGGACGUCUCACCGAGCGGGACGCGCUGGAUCUCGUCGGCGGGAACAUCCACAGAAUGUUGGGGUUGGAACAUAGUUUUGGACACGAUCACUUCGUGAUACACGAGGGAAGCCCUCUGGAGAUUGGGUCGAGAGUUGAAGCGGUUAGUGACGGGAAACUUGUGCUAUCAGUUGCCUAA